AUGUAUACUUCACGCUCGUUACUUUCGGCUUUAGCAACUUGCCUUUCGCUAGCAACAUUCGUUGUAUCAUCUCCCACCAUUAAUCAGCAUUUACCUAGCUCGAGGCGCAAUGCAACGGUUGAACAGAACGUGUUCUUUGACAUCAAUGGCAAAGAGGUAGAAACCAGAAUCGCAAGACUGAAAGCAGAGGGUUACCGACCAACUUCCCUCAGUAUUCAUGGCACACCUACCGAUGCAAAAUACGCCGGCAUCUGGACAAAACAAGAUGGCAACCCAUACGAGACUAUUCUAGGUGCCAAUAAAACUACCUAUGAUGCUUGGCUCGAUCAGUGGAAAGCCAGUGGCUACGUUUCGACGCAAGUCUCUGCUACCGGGCCCGCCUCCAAUGCUGUGUUUGCAGGUGUGAUGGAGAAAAUACCCUCAGUUCGCAAUUGGACUCAGCUAUGUGGCAUGAACAACCCUUACGCGUACAUGAAUCUGACAGAGGAUUCCCCGAUGGUGGUUAAGGGCGUGAGCUUGUAUGGCACUCCAACCGAGCGCCAAUACUGUAUCCUCGGACACGAGAACACAAACAACCAUCAACAAACUGUGUGGUACCCGACAAGCGUUUUGCAGAAUUACAAGUCGAUAGAAGCCGAUGAGACUACGAAAAGAUUCUGGAGACCAGUCUUCAUCGACAGCUCGGAAGACAAGCUCCUUACACCUAUUUUUGACGAUACGAGUGUUGGAAAAUGGACCGUCCGUACCGACCUUACCGCAUCGCAGUUGCGAUCAGAGAUUGCCGCACAAGAGGUGAACAACAUGUAUCCUAUCCAUAUAUCUGGUGCAGGGUCUCUGGAGUCACAAUACGUUGUCAUUUUUGCGGAGCGAGUAACCCCUCUGGAACGCAAUUGGCACGCUGUGGGCGAUAUUACUGGCUUUCCAGACAAUGCUGGAGUAAAGAGAGAUUUGGAUGAAAUACUUCAAAAGUUUAUGAAGCGUAACAGUGUCCGACAAGCCCAGGUCUCCGCCUCAAUCAACGGGACUGUCAUCGCUUCGCGCGCCUACACAUGGGCCGAGAGCGACCGCGCCAUCGUCGAACCGUCCGACAAAUUCCUUAUCGGGAGUGUUUCCAAAGCAUUCACAUACGCGGCAGUAGACAACCUCGUCUCCACUGGCAUGAUUAACCUUACAGACCACAUCUACCCGCUCCUUGGCUACACUAAUCCCGCAGACCCUCGCUCGCUAAACAUCACCAUUCAACACCUGCUGGAUCAUACGGGUGGAUUCGACCGUGGAAAAACACCUGACAUUGGCUUCAUCUUCACGGACAUCGCGCAAUCGCUCAACCAGUCUACUCCCACCACACUACGUCAGCUCAUCGAAUACGUCCUUGCCAAACCGCUCGACUUCGAACCCGGCACGAGAAGCGUGUACUCAAACUACGGAACCUUGAUCCUCGGCUACCUAAUUGCCAACAAAACCGGUGAGACAUACAUGUCCUACCUCGAGAAAAACGUCCUCAAGGGUCUCAACGUGGAAAUGUACACCACACCCGCGGAAGAUCAUCUCAACGAUCGCAUCGUCCAGGAAACAAAGUUUACCAGCAUUUCCGCUUUGACGCCCCUGUCCAAAAAGAGAGUGGCUGUUGUCUAUGGCGGUGACGGCUCAGUCAAGGAGGCGGCCGUCUCUUCGUUUGCGCUAAAGGCGUCGGCAGAUACGGUAGCGCGGUUCUUGGGUAAGCAUGCGGCGUACGGACUUGGCCCCCGACAGAUGUUUGUGUACCGUGACGGUAGGGUCGCGGGUGCGCGCGCAUUGGGGUAUAGCAUGGCCAAAUUGGAUUGGGCGAUCACGUUGAAUACGAGAGAGUAUCUAAAUGAACAGGUAUGGAACACUUUGGUGUUUACCGAUUUGUAUAGGCUUUGGGGCGCCCUCGAUUCGGCGCUUCCCUUAUGA